ACGUUUUCUCUCCAUAUCCUUCCAGCCUCUCUUUACUUCCUUCUUCAUCUUCUCCCAGCGAUUCCCAGCUGCUCCGGCCAAUGUCCGGCGACAAUCGACACUAGAGUAGAACAGCAAGAAGAAUGCAGUGUCCCAGAAACGCGUUUCCGUACAACGGAACCCUUUGCUCCUGCAAUCCCGGGCACGUGUUCGACGCAGCUCGCCGGAGCUGCUCUCUCCUCGCCGACUGGGGUCCCAUCGAGGUUGACUCCGGCGUUGACCACAAGUCCGCCCCUUUCCCCCGCACCGGGACCAUAUUCGGCUCCGAUUCCAUCAAGAAGCUCACCCAGUCGCAGGAUGUGUUCAUUGAGGGUACUCUCAUUCUGGUCUUCUCCUGGCUCGCCUUCUGCUUCUUAGCUCGUUUCGCCCCAUUGGGCGACGGCCGCUCUCUCUGGUUCAAGAUUCGCUGGUCCAUUAGCCGCCUCGAUGGCUUCUUCUCCACCAGCCAUUGGCUUGAUGAUCAGAAGGUAGUUAAGAAGCGCAAAACAGAACUUGGUGGAACAUUUUCAACCGCAAGCUGGAUACUUUUUGUUGGUUUAUUUGCUGCGUUGCUUUACCAAAUCAUAUCCAAGAGAGCCAUUGAGGUGCAUAAUGUCAGAGCAACAAAUGCACCUGAGUUGGAAGCAUUCAGGAAUGAUCUUGAAUUUAAUGUUACUACCAUUUCAAGCAUGACUUGUGCGCACUUACGAGGUCUUAAGACAGUUGCAAGUGGGAAUCCUGGGUUUCUUGACUAUAGAGUUGCUCCUCUCUCAACUUUUGCUAGCUAUUCAUGCAUAAACACCACUAAGGGACCAACCAUUGUACUGAAGUGCACCAAUUGUCCACUUACACGUGACAAUGCCUUCAUCUCUUGGCAAUUCAUUGAUCUUCCAAAUGAUCCUGCAAGUGCUGUUGGGUUCCAGUUUAAUCUCACUGCGAGAAAUCCAGAAAACAAGAAGCACAUGAGUUUUGUCAGUGGAACACUGAGAAAUGGAAGUAAUGUUGGCAACAAGCCGGUUACUUAUAGAGGGCCAGUCUCAAAUAUGUUGCAGUUCAAUAUUGUUCCUAGAAUUUACCGGAACAUGGAUGGGUUGAGUCUUGUCCAACCACUAUUCCAUGGAUUUCUCCCUGGUUCAUUUUUCAGUGAAGUAAAUCAGCUUAAGUCGUCUCUCCAAAACUCUAAUGAUGGCCUCAUCAACACAACAUUAUACAUCAAUUUUCUUUCUUCGUAUAUUGUUCAGGUUGAAAAUGAAAAUAUCAUGGGCCCUGUAAGCUUCCUUGCGGAUCUUGGUGGCCUUUUCUGUAUCAGCAUUGUUGUCUUCUUCUACAUGUUGGUGCAGUGUGAAAGCAGAAUCAAGAGACUCCGUAAUGAGGAUAGUGUGAUGCAAAGGAUUAGAAGUCGUCGGAGAGCCCAAGAUCGAUGGGACAAGCUAAGGAAGUAUGUAAUGUUCAAAUGGGACCCUUCUGCAAUGAGAGACAAAGGAAACAAUGUGAGCUAUGAUGGGUGCUGCUCGGGCGUUUCAUUGGGAACACUGCAUAAGGAGGGGCCAUUGCCCAAACAAAGAGAGAGAAUGGGACAAGAUACUGUAAGCUUCAGCAAGAAAGGUAGCUUGCCAGAAAAUAAGACAACUAUCAUGGAGCAGACUGGUUUUCAGACGGCACGUCUGACACCUAUCCAGGAAAAAGUAUCAUCCUUUAAUACAAAACUGAAAAAUACUGCACCUCAUGUGAAAGAUGGAGAACUUGAGAACAAUAUUACCAUGCAUUCCACAUCUGGUGAUUUAGAGCUUCCACCACUUCCUUCAUUAGAAUUCCAUGCUUCCCAGGAAGUGAGUUUAAGUAAUCUCCAGAGAAGUAUCGAAAGUCUCUACGAAUACAAUGCUUUACUGAGGGAGAAGUUGAUUGCUGCAGAGUUAACGCUUCGUGCUCUAUCAAAACAACAUUUGCCUUCAACAAGCACCAGCCAUGGCAGCUCUUGCACUCAAAUUACCAAGAUUUGAAUGUGGGCAUGAUUAUGCUCACUCAUACAGAAGGUAAAUGGCUGAGUGGGAUAUGAGAAUUUGUAAAAAAAAUGCCCAAGAAGUCAAACAAAGAGUGAUUGUUGGUGAUUCAUUUUAUAGGUUUCAUUUCAAUUCAUUUUUUUGUGCUAGUUCAAGAAUAUAUCCCCAAGAAUUGUAGAAGUAGACUAGGAUGUGCAGUAGAGAUUCGGCUGAAUAUUUGUUGUUGCAGGCGUGUUUGAAUUUCAGCAUUUCGUCACUAAAACGUUGCUCUUCCAUUGUAAAAUAUAGGCGGUUUCACAUUAGCCAAAUUGCUCUGUAAAUUUAGGGGGAUUGAUCUUGGAUAAAUUCUUAGCAUGUGA